AUGUGGGUGAACCCCGAAGAGGUGCUGCUGGCCAACGCGCUGUGGAUUACGGAGAGGGCCAACCCCUACUUCAUCCUGCAGCGGAGGAAGGGGCACGCGGGCGAUGGAGGCGGCGGCGGCGGACUAGCGGGCCUUCUCGUGGGUACCCUUGAUGUCGUGCUGGACUCCAGUGCCCGGGUGGCUCCUUACCGAAUCCUGUACCAGACUCCUGACUCUUUGGUCUAUUGGACCAUCGCCUGUGGUGGUUCCAGAAAAGAAAUCACCGAACACUGGGAAUGGCUUGAGCAGAAUCUGCUGCAGACACUCUCCAUCUUUGAAAACGAGAAUGAUAUCACCACAUUUGUGAGAGGAAAAAUACAGGGCAUCAUUGCAGAGUAUAACAAGAUCAACGAUGUGAAGGAAGAUGAUGACACGGAGAAGUUUAAAGAAGCCAUCGUGAAAUUCCACAGGCUGUUUGGGAUGCCCGAGGAAGAGAAGCUCGUCAACUAUUAUUCUUGUAGCUACUGGAAGGGGAAGGUCCCCCGUCAGGGUUGGAUGUACCUCAGUAUUAACCACCUUUGCUUUUACUCUUUCCUUAUGGGAAGGGAAGCCAAGCUGGUAAUCCGGUGGGUGGACAUCACACAGCUUGAGAAGAAUGCCACGCUGCUUCUCCCUGAUGUGAUCAAAGUGAGCACGAGGUCCAGCGAACAUUUCUUCUCUGUAUUUCUCAACAUCAAUGAGACUUUCAAGUUAAUGGAGCAGCUCGCCAACAUAGCCAUGAGGCAACUUUUAGACAACGAGGGAUUUGAACAAGAUAGAUCCCUGCCCAAACUGAAAAAGAAGUCUCCUAAGAAAGUGUCGGCUCUAAAACGCGAUCUUGAUGCCAGGGCAAAGAGUGAGAGAUACCGUGCACUUUUCCGACUGCCGAAAGAUGAAAAAUUAGACGGCCACACAGACUGCACCCUCUGGACUCCAUUCAACAAAAUGCACAUUUUGGGGCAGAUGUUUGUGUCCACAAAUUACAUCUGCUUUACCAGCAAGGAGGAGAACCUGUGUAGCCUCAUCAUCCCACUCCGUGAGGUGACAAUUGUGGAAAAGGCAGACAGCUCCAGCGUACUCCCCAGCCCUUUAUCCAUCAGCACCAGGAACAGGAUGACCUUCCUAUUUGCCAAUUUGAAAGAUAGAGACUUUCUAGUGCAGAGGAUCUCUGAUUUCCUGCAACAGACGACCUCCAAAAUCUAUUCGGACAAAGAGUUUGCAGGCAGCUACAACAGUUCAGAUGACGAGCAAGUGUAUUCUCGGCCCAGCAGCCUUGUCUCCUCCAGCCCUCAGAGAAGCACGAGCUCCGAGGCCGAUGGAGAGCGCCAGUUCAACCUGAACGGCAACAGCGUUCCCACAGCCACGCAGACCCUGAUGACCAUGUAUCGGCGGCGGUCCCCCGAGGAAUUCAACCCGAAGUUGGCCAAAGAGUUUUUGAAGGAGCAAGCUUGGAAGAUUCACUUUGCCGAGUAUGGGCAAGGGAUCUGCAUGUACCGCACAGAAAAGACCCGGGAGCUGGUGUUGAAGGGCAUCCCGGAGAGCAUGCGGGGGGACCUCUGGCUGCUACUGUCAGGUGCAAUCAAUGAGAAGGCCACACACCCUGGGUACUAUGAAGAUCUAGUGGAGAAGUCCAUGGGCAAGUAUAAUCUCGCCACGGAGGAGAUCGAGAGGGAUUUACACCGCUCCCUUCCAGAACAUCCAGCUUUCCAGAAUGAGAUGGGCAUUGCUGCUCUACGGAGAGUCUUAACAGCUUACGCUUUUCGAAAUCCUAAUAUAGGAUAUUGCCAGGCCAUGAAUAUUGUCACAUCAGUGCUGCUGCUUUAUGCCAAAGAGGAGGAAGCUUUCUGGCUGCUAGUGGCUUUGUGUGAACGCAUGCUUCCCGAUUACUACAACACCAGAGUUGUUGGCGCGCUGGUCGACCAGGGUGUCUUCGAGGAACUGGCGCGAGACUAUGUCCCGCAGCUCUACGACUGCAUGCAGGACCUGGGCGUGAUUUCUACCAUCUCCCUGUCUUGGUUCCUCACGCUCUUUCUCAGCGUGAUGCCCUUUGAGAGUGCGGUUGUGGUUGUGGACUGUUUCUUCUAUGAAGGAAUCAAGGUGAUAUUCCAGUUGGCCCUGGCCGUGCUGGAUGCAAAUGUGGACAAACUGUUGAGCUGCAAGGACGACGGGGAGGCCAUGACCGUUUUGGGAAGGUAUUUAGACAGUGUGACCAAUAAAGACAGCACUCUGCCUCCCAUCCCUCACCUCCACUCCCUGCUCAGUGAUGACGUGGAACCCUACCCUGAAGUGGACAUCUUCAGACUCAUCAGAACUUCCUAUGAGAAAUUUGGAACCAUCCGGGCAGACUUGAUUGAGCAGAUGAGAUUCAAACAGAGACUAAAAGUGAUCCAGACACUGGAGGAUACUACGAAACGGAAUGUGGUCCGAACAAUUGUGACAGAAACUUCCUUUACCAUUGAUGAGCUAGAAGAACUUUAUGCUCUUUUCAAGGCAGAGCACCUAACCAGCUGCUACUGGGGUGGGAGCAGCAAUGCUCUGGACCGGCACGACCCCAGCCUGCCUUACCUGGAACAGUAUCGCAUUGACUUUGAGCAGUUCAAGGGGAUGUUUGCUCUUCUCUUUCCCUGGGCCUGCGGAACUCACUCUGAAGUAUUGGCCUCCCGCCUCUUCCAGUUGUUGGAUGAAAAUGGAGAUUCUCUGAUUAACUUCCGAGAGUUUGUCUCCGGCCUAAGUGCUGCAUGCCAUGGGGACCUCACAGAGAAACUCAAACUCCUGUACAAAAUGCAUGUCUUGCCUGAGCCAUCCUCUGAUCAAGAUGAGCCAGAUUCUGCUUUUGAAGCAACUCAAUACUUCUUUGAAGACAUCACCCCAGAAUGCACACAUGUGGUGGGGCUGGAUAGCAGGAGGAAACACGGUGCGGAGGAUGGCUUUGUGACAGUGAGUCUGCAGCCAGACAGAGGGAAGAGGGCAAAUUCUCAAGAAAAUCGCAAUUAUCUAAGACUCUGGACUCCGGAAAAUAAAUCCAAAUCAAAGAAUGCAAAGGAUUUACCCAAAUUGAAUCAGGGGCAGUUUAUUGAGCUGUGCAAGACCAUGUAUAACAUGUUCAGCGAAGACCCCAACGAGCAGGAGCUGUACCACGCCACGGCUGCGGUGACCAGCCUCCUCCUGGAGAUCGGGGAAGUCGGCAAGCUCUUUGUCACCCAGCCUGCCAAGGAGGGCGGGAGCGGGGGCAGCGGGCCCGCCUGCAACGCGGCCAUCCCGGGCGCGCUCUUCCCCAAGAAAGGGCCCGGCCAGCCUUACAUGGUGGAGGCCGUUGAGCCCCUCCCGGCCGGCUUGGCAGUGGAGGGUGAGGAACACUCCUUGGGAGGGCAGUUGGAGGACAUCAAGCUGGAGGACUCCUCUCCCCGGGACCACGGGGCCUGCUCCUCCAUGCUGAUUUCCGAUGACGACACCAAGGACGACAGCUCCAUGUCCUCAUACUCGGUGCUGAGUGCCGGCUCCCACGAGGAGGACAAGUUGCACUGUGAGGACAUCGGGGAGGACACCGUCCUGGUGCGCAGCGGCCAGGGCACGGCGGCCCUGCCCCGGAGCACCAGCCUGGACCGGGACUGGGCCAUCACCUUCGAGCAGUUCCUGGCCUCCCUCCUGACUGAGCCGGCCCUGGUGAAGUACUUUGACAAGCCCGUGUGCAUGAUGGCCAGGAUCACCAGUGCAAAAAACAUCCGGAUGAUGGGCAAGCCCCUCACUUCGGCCAGUGACUAUGAGAUCUCCGCCAUGUCAGGCUGA